AUGGGAACACCAGCUUCCUGGAACGGCGUUGAACGGCCUUUUUCUCUUGGAUCGAGCAAACUAGUCGAGUGCCGACAGGUCGUAUGGUAUGAUUAUUCGGUAAACGCCGUGGCAACGCUGCUGGCCGGGUCGGAGCUAGAAGAAAGUGCGGGAGCUAAAGUCACUGCGGCGCCUGGAUUGAGGAGCAAUAGUGUUAACUAA